ACUCAUUGACGCUUGACGCCAUUUUGAUUUGUCAAAUUUGCCGAUCAAGCCGAAGUAGCGUUACGCCGGAAAGUUAAUAUAAAUUAUUUCGUUAUUUACUGCAGAAAUCUUAUUUAAAAAGCCAUAAUCAUGUCCGGUGGAAGCGGCGGCAACAGAAAUGAGUGCAGAAUAUACGUCGGAAACCUACCCCCGGACAUAAGGACAAAGGACAUUCAAGAUCUCUUUUACAAAUUCGGCAAAGUUACAUUCGUUGAUUUGAAAAAUAGAAAAGGUCCUCCAUUCGCAUUCGUGGAAUUCGAAGAUCCGAGAGACGCGGAGGACGCGGUGCGCGCGCGCGACGGCUACGACUACGACGGGUACCGGCUGCGCGUGGAGUUCCCGCGCGGCGGCGGCGGCGGGCGCGGGCCGCGCGGCGCGGGGGGGGCGGAGCGCUUCCCGCGCGGCGCCGGCCGCGGCCCGCCCGCGCGCCGCUCCGAGUACCGAGUGCUCGUCACCGGCCUGCCGCCCUCUGGCUCGUGGCAGGAUCUGAAAGACCACAUGCGCGAGGCCGGCGACGUAUGCUUCGCGGACACGUUCAAAGACGGCACCGGGGUGGUGGAGUUCCUGCGCCACGAGGACAUGAAGUAUGCCGUUAAGAAGUUAGAUGACUCCAGGUUUAGGAGCCAUGAGGGCGAGGUUUCGUAUAUUCGAGUGAAGGAAGACUACGGCGGCGGAGGCGCCGACCGCUACAGUGGUGAUCGGGACAGGUCCCGGUCGUACUCGCCCCGGCGGCGCGGCUCGCCCACGUACUCGCCGGUGCGGCGCUCGUACUCGCGGUCGCGCAGCCGCGACCGCUCGCCGCCGCCGCGCCGCGCCGAGCGCGACCGCGACCGCUCCGACCCGCCCCGCGAGCGCGACCGCGACUACUGA